CGGAUCAAUCGAUCACCUCUCCCCUCCUGCGUCCAUUGCCUCACAUAAUCUAGAUGUCGGUUUGAUAUACCACACGGAGCCAUGUCGUCGCUGAAGAUCGAGCGGGACACGGUCACCGAGACCGUUAAGAACGCCGUCACCGACCAUGCCGUGAACAAGGGCGGCUUCGUCGGCUCUGCCGCUGCCGCCGUCGCCGAGGCCGCUCAUGGGCAGCUGCCCGGCACCAGCGGCAAGCAUCCCAUCUCGGCCGUCGUCGGCACCGCCCUCACCGGCGGCAGGAAGAACGCCGGCACCAAGGGCUAUCUUGCUGCCUAUCUGCAGCAACUAGAGGACCACCCCCUGCGCACCAAGAUGCUCACGGCCGGCACCCUGGCCGGCAGCCAGGAAUUGCUCGCCUCAUGGCUGGCCAAGGACCGCAACAAGCACGGCAACUACUUCACAUCCCGCGUGCCCAAGAUGGCGGCCUACGGCGCCCUCGUCAGCGCUCCCCUGGGCCACUUUUUGAUCUGGGUCUUGCAAAAGAUCUUUAGCGGGCGCACCAGCCUGCGAGCCAAGAUCCUGCAGAUCCUCGUCAGCAACCUGAUCAUCGCGCCCAUCCAAAACACAGUCUACCUCGUCGCCAUGGCGCUCAUCGCGGGUGCAAAGACGUUCCACCAGGUCAAGGCGACGGUGCGCGUCGGCUUCUGGCGUGUGAUGCGCGUGAGCUGGAUCACCAGCCCCAUCUGCUUAGCCUUCGCGCAAAAGUUCCUACCCGAGAACACCUGGGUGCCCUUCUUCAACCUCGUGUCCUUCAUCAUCGGCACCUACAUCAACACCGUCACCAAGAAGAAGCGCCUCGCCGCCCUGCGCAAGAAGCACUUUGGCGACAGCCGUGACAGCCGCGCGCCCGGCGGCUCCUCUGUUGUUGGCGGGCCCCGUCCGGGUGGCGUCGGUCCGGAAGACUACCCGCCUCUGGGACCCAACCCUCCGUACUAAGUUCGGCAAUGCCUAAAGGGGUUUUCGGUUUGGUGUGGGGAGACUUGAGAGGUGGGGAAUGAAAAUUUGACCACGGUGGCUCCCUGAUGCGUCGCGUUCUCUUCUAAGAGGAUGGCAGCGCAGACUACAGAUAUGGGGUCACGCGUGCCAAGUGCUGAUGACGGCUUGUGAAUGUUUUGACGGGCGCGGCUCCUUUGCGGGAGUUCAGGAGGGCGGGAUACCUGUAUAAUGUUGGUUGUUAUGUGAUUUAACGUCAGAUAUGGUUGGAAUAUUUGGUGAUGAGUAGAUGAAUACAAGAGCUUGGAUACCUCGUAAGCACAGGUCCCUAAAAUAUGGCCUUGAUCCUAAAUCACAUGCUUCUUGGUUUUUCGGGAUGACGUUGGACUAGCCAACCCAAGCAGCCAU